UCCACACUCUGAUGGACACAGUCGAGGACUGGUCGUACACGCUGCACCGACCCGCUGGGCAAUAUGGAAAGAGCUGGGAUAAGGACGCAGAGUUGUUGGCAGGGUCUGGCGACGGAGGCACACCAAAAGGGAUACUGCACGUCCGUGUAAUCAAGGGCAAGGCGCUGCCAAAACCCAGCGACACAAAGUCGUUCCAGCAGCAUGCAGUGAUACGUGUUGGGGCGAAGAGGAGAGCCGGCGACGCGCUGCAAGCGGAUACUGCCGACCCUGGAUUCAGUGCCUCAGGGUACUUUAAAGACGACCUAUAUAGCAAUACCCAAGUCGAGAUUUCAGUGUUCAACAAGGGCAAAUCCUGGGACUCUCUUGUGGGCCGUGUGAUAGUGCCGGUGCGCGAGCUGCACGAUGUGCGGACGUUCAAUGGAUGGCUGUGUUUGAGCACGGAUAGUGGGGAUCCAGCAGGGGUUGUCUAUGUUGCGUGUCUGUUCCGUCGGGAGGGCGAUAUUGGUUACGAAGAGCUGGAGAAUGAGUACCUGUUGUGCAAUGGUACAGAUGGGGCAACGGAGACAGGAACCCCACAGCCCCUGGUGGGUUGGAUAGGGAAGCUUGCUGGGAGAUUGUGGCCACUUGGCAACCAAACCAAAAAUAGUAACUCAAGAAGUAUCAACCCACAACCAACAUCUGGAACUGCGGCAUCAGGUACAGGUCUGUUGUCGCCUGAUGCGCGCAGCCUACAGCCACCUACAGCUGGUGCCAGCUCUGGAUCAAAUACUCCAGGACAACUAGAGGAGCAGUCUGUUGAUAGUACUUCCGUCGGGAGAACGUCGUCUAGCCAGUCCCGGGUAGCGCUGGAUUCGGGAUACACCCUUCAAGGCGCGCCGAUUGGAGAAUUUUUUGGCCUCAGCAUGAUGCCGUCCAUGUUUUUAACAUAUUAACGGACUACUUUUUCUGUCUAGCACUCCUUAAAUACCACUGUAGCUGUGUCAAAUCGGCAUUUUUGACGAGAUAUUCACAGCUAAUGUAGGCAGUGUAUAUGGUGGGUGCGAUUGACUUCUACCACUGCUGACUGCCUCCCACCACCGCCAAUUACUACUCGGUCCAAUAUAUCUGCUCCACACUGGAACCUUGCUCAUGCUUCACAAGCCAAUAAACGCUGAUCCGGGAUGUGUGGGAGCUAUAGUCCUUGGAUAUUAGGAAAAGUCGUUGGACUGUCGCCAUUCGGUGCUGGGUGGAGGAUGAUCAUGCUGUUCUUCGUAGGAUCAUAUCGGUGGCGAUAAUAGUACAUGUGGCUGUACCUUUAUUUUGCUCGGCGCGCAGGUUGGAAAGCAUUUUUGGCGUGUGCUCAGAUUAUAGACCAGAGUCAUUGGAAUAAACGAAUUAGAUCCUGUGGA